GCGCGGGGUCGGGGGAGGGGGCAGCAUGGCCUGGCCGUCCGGCCCCUUUUCCACCGCCGCGGCUCAGCUGCUCCGGGAGUCUGGCGGCGGCGGCGGCGGCGGCGCUCUUCCUCGCGCGGCCCUCCCCAGCUCCGAAUGGAGCCCGAAGCCCCCCAGCCCCCGGGCCUCGCCUCCUCCUCGCCGGACUCCCCGCACGACCCUUGCAAAAUGUUCAUCGGAGGACUGAGCUGGCAGACGACGCAAGAAGGCUUGCGGGAGUACUUCAGCCAAUUCGGGGAAGUCAAGGAGUGCCUGGUCAUGAGGGACCCGCUGACAAAGCGCUCCAGGGGAUUCGGCUUCGUCACCUUCAUGGACCAAGCCGGCGUGGACAAGGUGCUGGCCCAGUCCAGGCACGAGCUGGACUCCAAGACGAUUGACCCCAAAGUGGCAUUUCCUCGCAGAGCUCAGCCCAAGAUGGUGACACGGACUAAGAAGAUUUUUGUGGGAGGCCUCUCUGUGAACACCACGGUGGAAGAUGUGAAACAGUACUUUGAGCAGUUUGGGAAGGUGGACGAUGCCAUGCUUAUGUUUGACAAGACAACUAACAGACAUCGAGGUUUUGGAUUUGUCACAUUUGAGAGCGAAGACAUUGUGGAGAAAGUCUGUGAGAUCCACUUCCAUGAGAUCAACAAUAAAAUGGUGGAAUGUAAAAAAGCUCAGCCAAAGGAAGUGAUGUCCCCCACUGGCUCAGCAAGAGGGCGGUCCCGGGUGAUGCCUUAUGGGAUGGAUGCCUUCAUGCUUGGGAUUGGCAUGCUGGGCUACCCAGGGUUUCAGGCUGCCACCUAUGCCAGCCGAAGUUACACUGGCAUUGCUCCUGGCUACACUUACCAGUUUCCCGAAUUCCGGGUAGAGCGGACCCCUCUCCCGAGUGCCCCUGUUCUCCCUGAGCUUACAGCCAUCCCUCUCACUGCAUAUGGACCAAUGGCGGCGGCGGCGGCAGCGGCAGCUGUGGUGCGAGGGACAGUUCUGCUUCCUCCUGUAGGUUCCACCCCGAGCCGUACUGGAGGUUUCCUGGGCACUACCAGCCCUGGGCCGAUGGCAGAGCUUUAUGGGGCAGCCAAUCAGGAUUCAGGAGUCAGCAGUUACAUUAGUGCGGCAAGUCCUGCCCCGAGUACCGGUUUUGGACACAGCCUAGGGGGACCUUUGAUUGCAACAGCUUUUACUAAUGGUUACCACUGAAGCUGAGGACCAAGAAAGAAGUUGGUUCCCCAGCGAGCGAAGCAAGGAUGGCAAGCUGGAGGAUCCGGCAACAACUUGAGAGAUGAGCCAAGAUUUCAUAUGAGUAACGAAAACUGCACACUUGGGGCUGCUGGCGGGGCUGCUGCUGGCCAGUCCUGCUAUCUCCUGUUGACCAGAAAGCACUGGAUUUUGAACCCGAGGAGCUCUCGUCUCCUCUCUUUAUUAACCGCAGACCGUUUACACUUCUCCCCAAACCCCACCAACCCACUGAUUUCUUCUUUUAUUUAUUUUGUUAGCGAGUUAGUUUUUAUUUUUUAGUCUUUGGGGGAAGGGAGGGAAA